AUGCUCCUUGAAGUUGUAUAUCGUCUGAUCUAUCGGGUCAUGGAUGUUAUAGCAGUUGAUAAGUUUGUGUAUGUGGUUCCCUCGAUUCCUAAAGUUUCUAGUUAUUCUUUGCCUCACCUUUUAUCUUCUCUGAAGUCUAGCAGCUCGUCUGCGUUGAGGUCGUCCGUUCUAGCCAGGAUUCCCAGCUCCGCCGAAAAUACCUAUGCGUUCUGUUAUUUAUUCCGAGUUACCAUUGCGGUUAUGAAUGCGUCGAACCCUGCCUCGUGA